AUGCGUCUACUCUAUAUUCUUCUAUUACUAUUUCUUUUUUCAUUAAUUAAAUGUAAUCAGCAAGAAAUAUUUUUAAAUGAAGAAACUCCAAUAGGUACAAUAAUAUUUGAUUUAAAUAGUUUAUCAAAUAUAUCAAUAACAUAUCAAUUAUUAGAAAGUUCAUCAUUAUUAUUAUUUAAUUCAACAACAAAUUAUAUAUCAAUAUUAAAACGUAUUGAUCGUGAUAUAUUAUGUCCAUAUGAUGAAAAUUGUUCAAAAUGUCAUAUAACAAUUAAAUUUUAUGAUAUGUUUAAUCAUAAAAUACUUUUAUUAAUAUUUAAUAUUAAUGAUAUAAAUGAUAAUUCACCUAUAUUUAGUUCAAAUACAUAUUCAAUAUCAUUAACAGAAAAUAAUAUACCAGGUAUUAAAAUUCGUUUAUCAAAAGCUGAUGAUAUUGAUUGUAUAUCAAAUGGUGUACAAUUAUAUGAAUUAACAUAUAUAUUACAUGGACAUGUUAUAAUAUCAUCAAUAAAUAUUCUUUAUAAUCAACAAAAUCAAACAAUAAAUCAACCAUUUUAUUUAUUAUAUGAUAUUAAUUUUGAUUUAUAUCUUAUUAUUAAUCAAACACUUGAUCGUGAAUUACAAAAUGAAUAUAUAUUUACAUUAACAGCUAAUGAUUAUUCACAUACAAUAUCAACAAAAUUAAUAUUAACUGUUCUUGAUGUUAAUGAUCAUAUACCAAAAUUUUCACAAACAAUUUAUUCAAUUAAUAUAACACAUUCAACACCAAUUGGAACAAUAUUACUUAAAGUAACAGCUUAUGAUCUUGAUUUAGAUUAUAAUGGAAAAAUUUAUUAUUCAUUAAUUAGUAUUGAUGGUUUAAAUAAUAAUAAAAAUGAUUUAUUUCAAAUAGAUUCAUAUACAGGUGAAUUAAGUUUAUUAAAAAAUUUAAAUUAUAUUGAUACAAAAAAAAUUUUUAAAUUAAUUAUUGGUGCAUCUGAUGGUACAAAUAAUGCUAUACCAGCAUUAACAACAGUAUAUAUAAAUAUAAUACAACAAUCAAUUAUAUCAAUAACAUUUGGUUCAAAUAAAAUAUCAAAAAAUUUUUCUGAAGUUUAUAUUGAAGAAAAUUUACCUAAUGCAACAUUUAUUGCAUAUAUAACAUCCGAUGAAUAUAUACAUAUAUUACCAGAAUAUAAUAAUCGAGGAUUUUUUAUACAAAAAUUAUCUAAUAAUUCAUUAACAUUAUUAACUGAUCAUAGUUAUGAUAGAGAAAAAUAUUCAUCAUAUGAUGUUUUUAUAUAUAGUGGAAAUAAUCAACGAACAUUUCGUAUUAUUGUUACUGAUAUUAAUGAUUGUAAACCAAUAUGGAAUACAACAUUAUUAGAUAUAAAUAUUAAAACAAAUAUAAUGACAAUUGUAUUAAAUGCAAGUGAUUAUGAUGAAAAUGAUAAUGGAAAAAUUGGUUAUAGAAAAAAAAAUUUUUUUUUAUGGCCAAAAUGGAUUAAUUUAAUUGAUAAUAAAUUAAUUAUUAAUUGUACAAAUGAAACAGAUAAUUAUUGUUGGUAUGAUUUAUUAAAAAAUGAUAUAUUUAUUGAUAUUGAAGCAUAUGAUUAUGGUAAACCUGAAUUAUCAUCUAUUAUUAAAAUACAUUUAUAUCAUAAUAUAAAACAAAUUUUAUCAAUUAAAUAUGAUUAUAUUAUUAUUAUAAUAGGAUGUUUAUUAGGAAUUUUACUUAUUUUAUCAUUAUUAUUAUUAUUUAUAUUAUGUUUUUGUUGUCGAAAAAAAAAAAAAAUAUUAAAUCAAACAAAAAAAAUUAUUGAUAAUAAUAAUACACAAGAAAAAAUUAUUCAAAUAUCAUCAUCAGAACAAAGUUCAUCAGCUGAUUCACUUUAUGGUUCAGAAAAAUCCGAUAAUAUUACACUUGAAACAGCUGCUAGUUGUCAUUUAGAUAUGUUUCUUUUUUCUCCAAAACGUGGUAUUAUAUUAACUGAUUCACCAUAUCAAUAUUCAUUUAUGAAUAAAACAAUACAUCCAUCAGAUAAUUUAACAAAUAAAUUAUUUCAUUCAAUACAAAAUGAUCUUUCAUUAUUAACCGAUACAAAACAAGAUAUUAUUAUAAAUCGUGGAACUUAUGUUUAA